AUGGUAUACAUGUCCGAUAGUCCAGGAUCGAAAUUUCUCGCAGACAGUCUCGACCACACGAUCCGUUUUCAGCGGCACUUGGGUACCCGUAUGAUCAUUUCUACUCAAGAACCGACCACGUCCACAGAUCUUAUUGCGCUUUGCAACAUGACCGUCAUUCAUCGCUUUACGAGCCCUACCUGGUAUGCCGCACUCAGAAGACAUAUCAGCGCCCUUGACAACAACGACGACAAGGCUCUCAUGCAGCGGAUCGAGGGAUUGGAAACCGGAGAAGCGCUUGUGUACUGUCCGAGCACUGUACUCGCGAAGAAUGACGACGGAAGCUUAGCAAAAGCUACGGGCCAACUGCUUAAGAUCAACAUCCGGAAAAGGAUAACGGAAGACGGUGGCGAGUCGAUCAUGGCCGUGUGA